AUCGCCCUUUGAAGAUCGCUACAGUAAAGUUGACAGAAACAAGGCUAGAAAAUGUCUCAAAGUUUCCGAGUUUUGACACGUUCGUUUUCAUCGUCAGCUGCAAGACAAGCUGCAAUAAAGAAUGUCACAAUUAUUGGAGGUGGUCUUAUGGGAGCUGGCAUUGCACAGGUAGCAGCAACAACUGGACAUAAUGUUGUUAUUGUGGAUACAUCUGAGGAUAUCUUAAAGAAAUCAAAAGCAAGCAUCGAGAAAAGCCUUCAGAGAGUGGCAAAGAAAAAGUUUGCUGAAAACCCAAAGGAUGGUGAAGCUUUCAUAUCAGAUGUAGUUGGAAGAUUGAGUGUACAAACAGACGCAUGGGAGGCUGUGAAAAAUGCAGAUCUUGUUACCGAGGCCAUUGUUGAGAAUCUAGACAUUAAAAAACAACUUUUUUCACAACUAGACAAGGCGGCUCCUGAAAAAACUAUAUUUACAAGUAAUACAUCCUCCAUUCCCAUCAAAGAAAUAGCUGUAUCAACAUCUAGAUUGGAUAGAUUUGGAGGUCUACAUUACUUUAAUCCAGUACCUAUGAUGAAGCUUCUUGAGGUUAUAAGGAUUCCAGAGACAUCAGACGACACAUUUAAUGCCUUACUUGCCUUUGGUAAAGCUAUGGGAAAAGUAACAGUCAACUGUAAGGACACACCAGGGUUUAUUGUGAAUAGAUUACUGGUACCUUAUAUGAUGGAGGCAGUACGAAUGGUAGAAAGAGGUGAUGCCACACCACGGGACGUAGAUACUGCCAUGAAACUGGGAGCCGGAUAUCCUAUGGGACCAUUUGAACUUACAGAUUAUGUGGGUUUAGAUACAUGCAAGUUUAUCUUAGAUGGCUGGCAUGCCAAGUAUCCCGAUCACCCCUUAUUUGAACCAAGUCCAUUACUAAACAAAUAUGUUGCAGAGGGAAAACUAGGCAAUAAAGUUGGAGAAGGUUUCUACAAGUCCAAGAAAUAAAUCACCAAACAUUGUUAACUAAUACACUGUUUUCCAUGACUUUCAAAAACCACAGAAACAUAUUUAUGUAUUCUACAGUAUGCCAUAAUUUAUAGAACUAUAUGUAUUUUGUAAUACAGUUUUAAAAAGUGAAACUUGAGUGUUGCUCAAUCCAUGUUUAGAUGUAAUAUAUUAUUAUCUCACAUAGAGAAGAGUAAGUAGUUGUUUGUUUUCUUUUUAAAUUUAGAGGUGAUGAAUUUAUAUAUUAUAUCAGAUAGGCCUUCUAGGACCAAUGUUGUGUAAAUUAUACUUUAUUUCUCUAUAUGUUUGCAUAAACACACACAUUUUAAUAGUGGAAAUUAAAACAGUAAAUUAAAACUUUGAUAUU